AUGCCCAAUGUGCAGCCAGGCGACGUGCUGCGGCUGAAUCGCGCCACGCACAUCGGGUCGCGGGACUACACGUUGAAAGCGGCGGAGCCUGUCAAGGGAAACGCAGACCACGUGAAGAAGGUGUUUUAUUUGGAUGAGCGCAUGUAUACGUGUCGGGCGACGGUGCUGGGCGUGGAAAGCGAGCCGUUGAGGGUGGAGGAGAAGACGAAGAGGAGGCAGAGACAUACGAAGCAUGUGAAGAGCAAGAUGCGGUUUACGGUGCUGAGGGUGAACAUCACGGGCAUGGUAGCAGGCAUCGAAUGGAAUGGGGAGAAUUGUACAUCAUUGUUUGAGUGGUUAUGCAUAUGUCGGAGACUUUGA